AUGGUCACAUGUGAAGCCCCUGCAGACCCCAGACAUCAGUUCCCUAUGGUCAUCACAUGGAGCCCUGCAGACCCCCGACAUCAGCCCCUACAGUCAUCACAUGUGGAGCCCCUGCAGCCCCCGACUCAGCCCCUACAGUCAUCACAUGUGGAGCCCCUGCAGACCCCGACAUUAGCCCCUACAGUCAUCACAUGUGGAGCCCCUGCAGCCCCCGACAUCAGCUCCCUACAGUCAUCACAUGUGGAGCCCCUGCAGACCCCGACAUCAGCCCCCUACAGUCAUCACAUGUGGAGCCCCUGCAGACCCCGACAUCAGCCCCCUACAGUCAUCACAUGUGAAGCCCCUGCAGACCCCGACAUCAGCCCCUAUACAGUCAUCACAUGUGCCCCUGCAGACCCCCUGCAGACCCCGACAGUCAUCAUGUGGGAGCCCCUGCAGACCCUGAGUCAUCACAUGUGGAGCCCUGCAGACCCCGACAUUAGCCCCUACAGUCAUCACAUGUGGAGCCCUGCAGACCCCGACAUCAGCCCCCUACAGUCAUCACAUGUGGAGCCCCUGCAGACCCCGACAUUAGCCCCCUACAGUCAUUACAUGUGGAGUCCCUGCAGACCCCGACAUCAGCCCCCUACAGUCAUCACAUGUGGAGCCCCUGCAGACCCCGACAUCAGUUCCCUACAGUCAUCACAUGUGGAGCCCCUGCAGACCCCGACAUCAGCCCCCUACAGUCAUCACAUGUGGAGCCCCUGCAGACCCCGACAUCAGCCCCUACAGUCAUCACAUGUGAAGCCCCUGCAGCCCCCGACAUCAGCCCCCUACAGUCAUCACAUGUGGAGCCCCUGCAGACCCCGACAUUAG